GGGGGGGCCAGAGCCACAGGAUGGCUUCCCCUCUGAGGGACGAGGAGGAGGAGGAGGAGGAGAUGGUGGUGUCGGAGGAGGAAGAAGAGGAGGAAGAAGAGGGCGACGAGGAGGAGGAGGAGGUGGAGGCGGCCGACGAGGACGAUGAGGAGGAGGACGAAGAGGGAGUACUCGGGCGCGGGCCGGGCCACGACCGGGGCCGCGACCGCCACAGCCCCCCCAGCUGCCACCUCUUCCCGCCGCCGCCGCCGCCGCUGCCGCCGCCGCCGCCGCCCCCGCCGCCAGGUAAGCGUCCGCCCGACUCCCCGGGCCCGAGCGGAGCCGCGGGGCCGGGCAUCUACGGUGCGGCCGAGCCGAGGCGAGUCCCGGGCCCCUGGCCGGUCCACACGGGCCCCGCGGUCCGGGCGGCGGCGGCCUUGGGGCCAGGCCUCCUCCCCUCCUCCGCGGCACCCCUCCCCCGCCGCUACCGCGGUCGCCGCCGCCGCCCGGGCUGGAGAGCGCUGGGAGCGAGCUGCGCGCGCGGACCGGGCCACUUGGUCGCGGCUUUCGGGGGAGGAGAUUUUUUUUUCACCCUCGGCGGGGAGGGGGCAGGCAGGAAACGGCCGUGGCGAAGCCAGGGCCCCCUCCCAGGCCGAGCGAGGGACCGCCGAGACCCCGGCGACCGGACGGCGGCGUGGGGGGAGGGGCGCGUGGGGGAGGGGCGGCCGCGUGAGCGCCCCUCGGGCUCGGCCCCGGAGGGGUCGAACUGA